UUUUUCGGCAACCAAAAUGGAGGUCUCCCGAGGAGUGAACAAAGUUUACUAAGGUUUGAGAGGGAAGUUUAACUCAAUCUGUUGAUAAUAACCUUCUAUACUUAUUUCACAUUUAAUUUUCUAUCCCCUGAAGUGCAUUAAUUAUUUAAAGUUUUAAACCACGGCAAAAUAUUGAUUAAAAUAUUAGGUAUUUAACUUAUUUUGUCAAACAAAUCAAGAAAGUACUACUUAAUCCAGGAAAGUACUAUGCAAUGUCGAAAACCAAACAAAAAUGCAAGACGCCGGGCGAUAAUACAAGUACCCCGAAAGUUAAGUUAAAGAAAGGUUUGGGCAAACCAACUGGGACAGCUUAUUUACAAGUUUUUGGAAGUGGAGGUGGCGACACCAGUCCUUCUGUAUAUCUGUUUGCUGAUUCACAAAGGUAUGUCUUCAGUUGUGGCGAAGGGACACAGCGUCUGUUUCACGAGCACAAACUAAGACUUGGUAAGAUAAACAACCUGUUCUUGACUCAGUUAUCAUGGCAGAGCCUUGGCGGGUUGCCUGGGUUACUCCUGACAUUACGAGAAGCAGGCAAGCAAUCGCUGGCUGUUCAUGGCCCACUUGGUCUAAAAGACUUCAUAACUGCAAGUCAAUGUUUCAUGCCAAUGUAUAAUGUUGACCUGAAGUGUGUGGAAUUUGGGGACAAGAAUGAAGCGAUUUAUGAAGAUGAAAAUAUUCUUGUGAAAGCAAUAUCAGUUGAAGGAGAAAAUAAAGACAAAUUUUUUCUUGAUUCCCGAAUGACUAAAAUUUGUGAUCCCAAUUUUGAGUCAACAAUUGACAGCAGAUCAAAACUAGAUGGUUGCGUACAUACAGAACAAUGCCAUUCCAAGCGUCUAAAGCUUGAUGUAAAAGCAAGGACUAUUGUCAGUUACAUAUGUGAAUUGGUUGCACUGCCUGGGAAAAUGAAUGUCAAGAAAGCUUUGGAAUUAGGCGUUCCAAAAGGUCCUCUCUUGGGAAAGUUACAAAAGGGUCAGGAUGUCACAUUGAAAGAUGGCUCAGUGGUGAAAGCAGUGGAUAUCAUGGAAAAGUCCUCGGGUAGUUGUGUGUUUUGUAUCGUCGACUGUCCAAGUGAAAACAACUUGAAACAGUUGGAAAACAACCAGGAACUUGUUUCGCACGAGGAAGACAGAAAGAAAGAGACUCCAGUGAUCAUCAUCCAUCUCAGUCCAGCUCAUGUUGUUCAGACAGAAGCCUAUCAGGCUUGGAUAAACAGAUUUGGUGAUAGUUGUCAACACUUAUUCCUCAAUUCUGGAAUGUGUCCUCCAAAGAUUUCUAUGUUUUCCCAACUGGGUAUUCAGUAUUCUCUGAAUCAGCUGGACCCUGAAAUAUUUCCACGAUUAUUUAAUGCCUCCAAUGCCUCAGAAACCCCCAGCCAAGGAACUGACAAAGCCAACUGGACUGUUGGUGAACCUUUUCUGAUAUACCACUUACGACCAGCACCGCAAUUAGGUUAUAGCCGAACAGAUAUCUCAAGUAAAUGGAACAUUCUUGUUGAAAAAGUAUUGAAAAGACAACAUUGUUUGGGACGAACUGAAGACGUCACGAGUGAUGAAAUUGAGGCAGCUUUGAAGGAUUUUAUCAACCCAGAGAAAAAGAUUUGUAGAAAGGGAAUGAGCUCAGUAAACGUAGUGUAGAAAUCAAACGCAUCGUUGAUUGACGAAUUUCAUGAUAUGGAUAAAGAUUUUAGUGUUGUGUUUCUGGGAACGGGUGCUUCGCAGCCGUCAAAAUAUAGAAAUGUUAGCUGCACGCUUGUGAAUCUAAGUAAAGAUAAAGUGAUUUUACUUGAUUGUGGAGAAGGAAGCUACGGUCAACUAUAUCGUCAUUAUGGUCCACGUUUGGACGAUGUACUACGAAAAUUGUGCUGUGUUUUUAUAUCGCAUAUUCAUGCUGACCAUCAUUUGGGUCUUGUAAAGAUUCUUCGGGCAUGGGAAAGUUGUACACAAUCCUCAGAGACCGCAGAGAAACCGGACCCUAUCGUUGUAAUUGGUCCACCGUCACUUUGGAGAUGGUUGCAAUAUUACGGCAGUUUUUGUGAAACUCUACACCUGAGGUGGUUGAUGAUAACCAAGGAAGUCCAUACCAUACCAUACCAUACCAUACCAUACCAUACCAUACCAUACCAUACCACACCGUACCAUACCAUAGCAUACCAUAGCAUACCAUACCACACCGUACCAUACCAUACCAUACCAUACCAUACCAUAACCAUACCAUACUAUAACCAUACCAUACCACACUCAUAUCUUCAUAUUUUCUUCAGAUUCUACGAUUCCUGCAAGUUUCCAACUAACGAACAUGCUGAAAACAGCACUCUAUCAUCGCUAUUAGAUUCAAAGGUAUCCAUCGUGCCAGUAAAGCAUUGCCCACGAGCUUUUGGUUUUGUUCUGUCCCACAAGAAAGGCUGGAAACUAGUGUAUUCCGGGGACACCAGGCCUUGUCGUGGCCUCAUAGAGAAAGGGUCACAUGCAACACUUCUUAUCCACGAAGCCACGUUAGAAGACAAUUUACAUGCAGAAGCAUUGGCUAAACAACACAGUACGACUUCAGAAGCUAUAAGCUGUGGUCAGGAGAUGCAAACGAAGUUCACAAUAUUGAAUCAUUUCAGUCAACGUUAUCCAAAGAUUCCUGUUUUCAGUGAAAAAUUCAACGACUGUGUUGGAAUUGCAUUCGACCAGAUGGAAGUAGACUUUCAAAACCUUAAAGUUUUACCGAAAUUGCUCAAACCUUUGCAAGAUAUUUUCAAAGAUGAACUGGACGAACAGUGUUAGUUAAAAUCCAGCUGCGAAAAGGCGCAGUGGGAUCCUCGUGAGAAGAUGGGAAUGGCUAAAAUAUUAACUCGUAAAUAAGGAAAAGAAUGUAAUAAAGUUAAAAUAUUACACUAAAAAUAUACUUACACUAAAAUAUACAAUAUUUUACAACAUGAAAAUACACGUUUGAUAUUAAGCACUGUAGUUUCCCGUUUUGAAUAUAAGUUAAAUGGAAUGAAAACA